GGAAAGGAGUCUGUUAACGUCUGCAAGGUGCUCAACGCCACCACGCUCACGUGCCUGGCGCCCGCCCUCACCGCCGAGUACCGGCCCGGCCUGGAUGCCGUCGAGCGCCCGGACGAGUUCGGUUUCAUCUUCAACAACGUGCAGGCUCUGCUGGUUUACAACGACACCAAGUUCAUAUACUACCCAAACCCGACGUUUGAGCUCCUGAGCCCCACUGGCAUCCUGGAGCAGAAACCCGGCUCGCCCAUCAUCCUCAAGGGCAAAAACCUGUGCCCGCCGGCUCCAGGGGGAGCGAAGCUGAACUACACCGUGCUCAUCGGCGAGACGCCCUGCGCCGUCACCGUGUCGGAGACGCAGCUGCUGUGUGAGCCUCCCAACCUCAGCGGGCAGCACAAAGUGAUGGUGCGCGUCGGCGGCGUCCUCUUCUCGCCCGGCUCCGUGAGCAUCGUGUCGGACAGCCUGCUGACCCUGCCAGCCAUCGUGAGCAGCGCCGCCGGCGGCAGCCUGCUCCUCAUCAUCGUCAUCAUCGUGCUCAUCGCCUACAAGCGCAAGUCCCGCGAGAACGACCUCACCCUCAAGAGGCUGCAGAUGCAGAUGGACAACCUGGAGUCGCGGGUGGCCCUGGAGUGCAAGGAGGCUUUUGCAGAGCUGCAGACGGACAUCAAUGAAUUAACCAGCGACCUGGAUCGCUCGGGAAUCCCGUAUCUUGACUAUCGGACGUAUGCAAUGAGGGUGCUUUUCCCGGGCAUCGAGGACCAUCCUGUGCUGCGGGAGCUGGAGGUCCAAGGCAACGGGCAGCAACACGUGGAGAAAGCCUUGAAGCUCUUUGCGCAGCUGAUCAACAACAAAGUGUUCCGGCUGACGUUCAUCCGCACGCUGGAGCUGCAGCGCAGCUUCUCCAUGCGCGACCGCGGCAACGUGGCCUCCCUCAUCAUGACGGGCCUCCAGGGCAGGCUCGAGUACGCCACCGACGUGCUCAAGCAGCUGCUGUCCGACCUCAUCGAGAAGAACCUGGAGAACAAGAACCACCCCAAGCUGCUGCUGCGCAGGACCGAGUCAGUGGCCGAGAAGAUGCUCACCAACUGGUUUGCCUUUCUCCUCCACAAGUUCCUCAAGGAGUGUGCCGGAGAGCCCCUCUUCAUGCUCUACUGUGCCAUCAAGCAGCAGAUGGAGAAAGGCCCAAUUGAUGCCAUCACGGGGGAAGCGCGUUACUCCCUGAGUGAGGAUAAAUUGAUCCGGCAGCAAAUCGAGUACAAAACUCUGAUCCUCAACUGUGUGAACCCAGAUAAUGAGAACAGUCCAGAGAUCCCCGUGAAGGUGCUGAACUGUGAUACCAUCACUCAAGUCAAAGAGAAGAUCCUAGAUGCAGUAUACAAAAAUGUCCCGUAUUCUCAAAGACCGAGAGCUGUUGACAUGGACUUGGAGUGGCGCCAGGGCCGGAUCGCUCGCGUGGUGCUGCAGGAUGAAGACAUCACCACCAAGAUCGAAGGAGACUGGAAGCGCUUGAACACCUUGGUGCAUUAUCAGGUGUCGGACCGCUCGGUGGUGGCCCUGGUCCCCAAGCAGACGUCCUCCUACAACAUUCCUGCCUCCGCCAGCAUAUCCCGGACGUCCAUCAGCAGAUACGACUCCACGUUCCGGUACACGGGCAGCCCGGACAGCCUGCGCUCCCGCGCCCCCAUGAUCACCCCGGACCUGGAGAGCGGCGUCAAAGUCUGGCACUUGGUCAAAAACCAUGACCACGGGGACCAGAAGGAAGGGGACCGGGGCAGUAAGAUGGUGUCCGAGAUCUACCUGACGAGGUUACUAGCUACGAAGGGCACCCUGCAGAAGUUCGUGGACGACCUGUUUGAGACGCUGUUCAGCACGGUGCACCGGGGCAGCGCGCUGCCGCUCGCCAUCAAGUACAUGUUCGACUUCCUGGACGAGCAGGCCGAUAAGCACGGCAUCCACGACACGGACGUGCGGCACACCUGGAAGAGCAACUGCCUUCCUCUGCGCUUCUGGGUGAACGUCAUCAAGAACCCGCAGUUCGUGUUCGACAUCCACAAAGGCAGCAUCACGGACGCCUGCCUCUCGGUGGUGGCUCAGACCUUCAUGGACUCGUGCUCCACCUCGGAGCACCGCCUGGGCAAGGACUCCCCCUCCAACAAGCUGCUCUACGCCAAGGACAUCCCCAGCUACAAGAGCUGGGUGGAGAGGUAUUACGCAGACAUCGCCAAGCUCCCUGCCAUCAGCGACCAGGACAUGAACGCCUACCUCGCGGAGCAGUCGCGCCUGCACUCCGCCGAGUUCAACAUGCUGAGCGCACUCAACGAGAUCUACUCCUACGUGAGCAAGUACAGCGAAGAGCUCAUCGGGGCUUUGGAGCAGGAUGAACAGGCACGUAGGCAGCGUCUGGCAUACAAAGUAGAACAACUUAUUGGUGCCAUGUCUAUUGAGAGCUGAAGAAGGAUGGUGAUGCUCACGGAGAAGAGCAGCGCAUUGCAAGGACUCGGGAAUAAGGAGC